AUGGGGGGAUUCAUUAAUAUGUCAAAUGCAACUCAGACCAACACAAUUGUUGGACUUCGGGGAAUACUGGAACUUGUGUUGUUUUCUGCUCCAAUCACCGUGCCGUGCUGUGUGUUUCUCUUCAUUAACGCGAUCAUGUUGUUCACCUUGAGGAGUAAACUGGUGUUUCGUGAGACCUCCCGUUACGUUCUCCUGUUUAACCUCCUUUGUGCAGACACUAUGCAGAUGGCACUGAGCCAGUUACUGUACCUACUGUCUGCUUGUAGGGUCAGGCUGACGUAUCCUGUGUGUGGGGUUCUCACCAUGCUCACUGAUCUCACCAAUGAAAUCUCCCCUCUCACACUGGUGGCGAUGUCUUUGGAGAGAUAUGUGGCGGUGUGCUUCCCACUGAGGCACACUGCCAUCAUCACCAUGAGAAACACAGCGGGGGCCAUCAUUGUGGUCUGGGCCUUCAGUUCACUGAAUAUCCUCAUACGAGUUAUUCUGCUGUUAGAUUUCCCAUUUGAAGACCUGGAGAGCCUGCUGAUGAAUGACUUUUGUUCCAAGGAAAAAUUGAAACUCAGCCUGAUGUCUAAUCAUUAUGACACCGCCUACAGCUAUUUCCUGUUUAUAUCAGCUAGCCUGGCAGUCACGUCCACCUACAUCGGGGUGAUGGUAGCAGCCCGGUCGGCCUCCACAGACAACGCCUCGGCCCGAAAGGCUCGUAACACACUGCUGCUGCAUGGGGUGCAGCUGGGCCUCAGUCUGUCCUCAACUAUUUACAGCGCACUGAUUUUAGCUAUCAUAAAAGUCGCUGACAGGAUGUCAAUCCUGCGUAUCCAGAGUGUUCUAUAUGUGUGCCUCAUCCUGUUCCCCCGGUGCUUGAGUACACUCAUCUAUGGCAUCAGAGACAAAACCAUCAGAUCCUCCCUCAUGGACCAUCUGAGUUGGAGAAUCAAGCGGUCCAGCCAUCCAAAGGCUGAGCUCCCACUCUAG